AUGUCUGACCAAAAUACUGAGAAAGACCAAGAGCUUCACUUAUCCAUGACACCACAAGUGCAACACCAAACACUAGACACAAAUACCAAAACAAAAAUCAACAAUCACCCAUCAUUCCCAAACAUUGUUCCUCGUCCUCGAGGUCGUCCAGUUGGAUCCAAGAACAAAGUUAAGACAUCUAUCACUAAAACACAUGACAAUGUACUCUGUUCUCACAAGCUUGAGAUAUCUAGUGGAUAUGACAUAGUAAAUAGUAUUUUUGGUUAUGUUCAUCAUCCAGGGAGGGGAAUAUGCAUCUUCAAUGGAAAAGGAAUGGUGGAAAAAGUCACUCUCCGUCAAUCCACGGGGAAAGUUGUAACUCUCCAGGGAAAGUUCCAGAUUAUUUCGAUAUCUGGAACAAUUCCCUCACCGACGACACUGGGGAAUGUUGGAGGAUUGAUGAUUAACUUGUUAGGAACUACAAGACAAGUAAUUGGAGGGACUGUAAUUCCCCCUCUAGUGGCUUUGAGCCCGGUGGUGCUGAUGGUUGCUUCCUUUGCAAGCUCUGAAUUUGAAAGGGUUUCUUUGGUGCAAUGUUUCAAAAACCGAACCGAAAGAAAGAAUAGUUAA